ACAGUUGACACUUUCACUUCUGUGUUUUUGUGCUUCGAAUUUUCUUUGUGCGGGUUUUAUAGUGAAAAAUCGCUGAAAAUUAAUGUUGUAGAGUGCUAAAAGAUGUGGAUCCGGCCAAAGGAAUCCCUCCUGCCACUGGCACUGUGGGUCAAUGAGCCAACACAGCUCACGUCCAAGUACUUUGUGAUGCAACGGAGACGAGGCCAUGGUCAAUCGAGGGGUCUGUCCUCGCUGCUGGUGGGAACACUGGACAGUGUCUUUGACACACGUCCAGCUCCUUUCCGGAUAUUGCAUCAAACACCCUCCUCAGAGGUCUACUACGAGAUUGCCAGCGCACUGACCGAAGAUGACAUCAAGAAAGACUGGGAAUGGCUGGCAAAUAAUCUAUUCAAAGUGCUCAAUGAAAUGGAGACUGAGGAGGAAAUCACAAAUUUUACUCUCUGCAAGAUUCAAUCACUUGUAGCUCACAAUUCCACACCAAUUGACGAGGAGGUCAGUGAUCCCAAUAGUUUUCAGGUGGUGGCUUCAAAGUUCAGGGAGAGAUUCAAUAUGCCCGAAGAGGAGAGACUUGUGAAUUACUAUUCUUGCAACUACACCAAGAAUCGCCUUCCUCGUCAAGGCCACCUCUAUCUAUCUCUGAAUCAUCUCUGCUUCUAUUCGUAUAUCUUUGGGAAAGAGACAAAGCUCGUGCUCAGCUACACCGAAAUCACCGACAUCGAUCGAGCCACAAAUUCCAUUUUUAUUCGUACCCAGAAUAAUUCUGAGUACACUUUUGGGCUACUUUUUUCGCCCGGAGAAACCUACAAUCUGCUCGAGCAAUUGAGCAAAAUGGCCAUGCAGAAGAUGAUUCAGGAUCCAGACAGUCCUGUCUUCGACCAUGACCCGGUUCUUUCCCGGAAACUCAGCAAAAAUGUCUCAAAAAAAUCCUUCCUGUUGCGUGAUCUCACGACCAGACAGCACAGCGAUGAGUAUCGCAUGUUCUUCAGACUUCCGCUCACCGAAGUUCUCGAUGGGACAAUCAAGGCCAAUAUGUGGACGCCGUAUAACAAAAAAUACGCCGCUGGGUGUAUUUAUUUGUCACAGAACUUCCUGUGCUUCCGGAGUGACGUCAAGAGACUCGUGAGCAUCGUUAUUCGCCUAAGAAACAUCAGGAGUGUGGAAAAGAAAGAUGACUCUCUCUCGCGAUUUGAGAAUCAAAUUGUCAUCUCAACUACAGACGCUGCUGCACUGCAGUUUUCUCAAAUAAUUGAUCGUGAAUUUCUGCUGAACAAAAUAUCAGAGCUUCUGUCCAAGACAAAAAUUCCAAUUCACGUAGAUCGUCCAAAAUACGAAAAAGGAUGGACAAAAGUUCAGGCCUUGAUUAAUUUACGCCAAGAGAAGGAGGAUGAAGAUAUGCUGGCAAAGCAGAGGCGCAGAGAAGCAAAAUGGGAUGAACAUUUUCGUGAAUUUGGUCGUGGGGUGUCCAUGUUUAGGACCUGGGAUGUGACCAAUUUGGUGCUCCAGGGAAUUCCUGAUCGUUUGCGGGAGGAAAUGUGGAUGACUUUCUCGGGGGCUGUGCACGAUCGCGAGAUGAAUCCGGGAUUGUAUGAGGAUCUUGUGGAGAAGUCUAUGAUGAAGUACACUCCAGCUCAUGAUGAGAUCGAACGGGAUCUCCAUAGAUCACUGCCUGAGCAUCCGGCUUUUCACACGGACGAGGGUAUUGAUGCCCUUCGACGCGUUCUGCAGGCCUAUGCAUAUCGAAAUCCCCAAAUUGGAUACUGUCAGGCCAUGAAUAUUGUAUCGUCGGUGUUUCUCGUGUUUUGCGACGAGGAGAAUGCCUUCUGGCUGCUGGCGCGUCUCUGUGAGACUCUCCUGCCUGACUACUACAAUGACAAAGUGGUGGGGGCUCAAAUUGAUCAGGGAGUCCUCAAUGAGCUCAUAUCGGAAUUUUUGCCGAAUUUAUUUGAGCGUCUCGAUCAAUUGGGAAUGAUCAAGAUGAUUUCACUAUCUUGGUUCCUCACCAUCUUCCUGUCUGUGAUGCCGUACGAGAGUGCUCUUCAUGUCAUUGACUGCUUCUUCUACGAUGGUGCUCGUGUUAUCUUUAUGAUUGCCCUGAAAGUAUUGGAAUGGAAUGAGGAAGGAAUGCUGUCCUGUCAGGAUGAUGGGGAAGCUAUGCAAAUUCUCUCCACAUAUCUCAGUGGUAUUUUUAAUCCAGAAUAUCCCACAUAUACGAAGAAUCUUGUUAAACACAAGACUCAGAAAAUCGAAACUCUCAUUGAGAAUGCCUAUCAGUCUUACGAAGAAAGUAUCACAGCCCAGAGAAUUGAGGAACUCAGGAAUAAGCAUCGAAGAAAGAUUGUUCAUCAAUUUGAGGUGGAUACUGAGAACAGCAUUAUAAGGCAAUUUAAGGGAAAGAGCUACUUUACGCCUGAAGAACUGAGACUGUUGCUGUCGCUGAUUCGGGAAGAGAAGUUGCGCAAUAGCCGGAAAAAUGCCUCAAAACCAGCAUCAUUCCAGGGUGAACCGGUGACUCCGGUAGAGACAAUCUUUGAUGAUGAUAAGGAUUCCUUCGCGCGGAAGGGAAUGGAUAUGAGGGAACCGAGACUGGAGAUGUACAAUGUGGACUUUGACAUUUUCAAGACACUCUUCACAGAAUUGACUCUGUGGAAGCGAUGUCAGGGAGUGGAUUUGGCAGAAAAGCUCUUCCAGUUGCUGGAUAAGCGAUCAUUGGGGCAUUUGGAUUUUGAGCAGGUGAUACUUGGGCUUGGGGUUGUUUGCUGUGGCAGAACAGUGGAUAAAUUGAGAUUGCUGUACAUCUUGCAUUUGCCACCGCUUUUGCCAAAGGCAGAAAUUGAAAUGGGACGUCUGACAAUCUUCAGUGGACGAACCAAGGAUGACAUGGCUGAAGUAGCGGCUGAGGCGGAGUAUUUCUUCAGUGAUGCUGAUACUGAGGACACAUUCCCCACACUCACAGAUACGGCAUUUGAUCUGCACAGUCCUCCGAUGGAUUUGCUGGUGCCCACGGAUAAGUCCGGGAGUGCUACGCCAAAUCUCAGUGUGCAUUCGGGGGUUGGGGGGAGGACGUCGGUGUUCUAUGUGGAUUUACCCACGACAGGCGGAUGCAAGUCCAUUGAUACGGUGUCGGAUAUCAGUGAUUUGGGAUUGAGGGAUAAGGAGAGCAAUUGUGAUGACUUUUCCCAUCUGUCGUCGCAGAAUGAGGAUGGGGCGGGGGCAAGGGCUGAUCCACAGAUAUCAAUGCCAUCGUCACUGGGUGAGACACGAAGUCUCAGUAGCUUGCGUCAGUAUAUCGUGGAUCAAUCGUGGGAUGUGUCAGUGGAGGGGAGAAUUGUGCCAAAUAUGUUACAGGUGAACUUUAUGAUACUCUGGACGUCACUGCUGGAGAUUCUGGGGCAUACCAAUGACUUCCUGAGGCAUUCGUAUGAGCAGUUGAUUGCUCAGGGGCAUCAACAACGAGCCAGUCAAUCUAGCAAGACGUCAGGAACGAGCAUCAAUAGUCUCACCCAAAUGGCAAUGCCUGAUGGUUCAGAUGAGGGAGAUUCCAAUGGGAAUCCUUCCUCACCGGGACACUCACUAGGUGCCAGGUGGAAUAUCUCCUUCACGCAGUUUAAUGAGGCUGUGCUGAAGCAUGUGGAUGGGGAGAUGAGUAAACGCGUUUCGAUCCGGGAUGAGAUUGAGCGACUUCAGAAGAAUAGGAGGAAGUGUAAAACCUAAAGUCAAGGACACGGCGCCGCUUUUUUUCCAAUGAGAAUUAUUGAGGUAAUUUGUAGAAUUGUCUUUUUUGUGUAUAAUAAAAUUGUUCAAAAGUGA